AUGAGCCGCCCCGCGGGCGCCGCGCCGGCCCUGCUGCCGCUGCUGGCGGCGCUGCUGCAGGCCGCCACAGGAGCCGCUGGGGAGGCCGCCACCUGCAAGACGGGCUUCCCCGAGGCCGCGUACAGCGCCGUGCUGGCCCCGGACCUGCAUGAAGGACAGCCUCUGCUCAACGUGCGGUUCAGCAGCUGCAAUGGGAAGAGGAAGGUGCGGUACGAGAGCAGCGAGCCCGCCGACUUCAAGGUGGACGAGGACGGCGUGGUGUACGCGGUCCGCAGCUUCCCCCUGUCCCCCGAGCGCGCCCGCUUCCUGGUCUUCGCCCACGACCGAGACACGCAGGAGAAGUGGCAGGUGGCCGUGAGCCUGAGCCCGCGGCCGCCCGCGCCCGAGGCCGCCCUGCAGGGGUCGCCAGGCAUCGAGGAGAUCGUGUUUCCGCGGCAGCCGGCCGGCAGCGAUGGGCACCUGCGGAGGCAGAAGAGGGACUGGGUCAUCCCCCCCAUCAACCUGCCCGAGAACUCGCGGGGCCCGUUCCCGCAGGAGCUGGUCCGGAUCCGGUCCGACAGAGACAAAAACCUCUCCCUGCGGUACAGCGUCACUGGGCCCGGCGCCGACCAGCCUCCCACCGGCAUCUUCAUCAUCAACCCCAUCUCCGGGCAGCUGUCCGUGACCAAGCCGCUGGACCGGGAGCAGAUCGCCCGCUUCCAUCUGCGGGCCCACGCGGUGGACAUCAACGGCAACCAGGUGGAGAACCCCAUCGACAUCGUCAUCAACGUCAUCGACAUGAACGACAACCGGCCGGAGUUCCUGCACCAGGUCUGGAACGGGACGGUGCCCGAGGGCUCCAAGCCCGGAACGUACGUGAUGACGGUCACCGCCAUCGACGCCGAUGACCCCAACACCCAGAACGGGAUGCUGAGGUACCGCAUCCUGUCCCAGGCGCCCAGCACCCCCUCGCCCAACAUGUUCACCAUCAACAACGAGACGGGCGACAUCAUCACCGUGGCGGCCGGACUGGACCGAGAGAAAGUGCACCAGUACACGCUGAUAAUCCAGGCCACCGACACGGAGGGCAGCCCCACCUACGGCCUCUCCAACACGGCCACGGCCGUCAUCACUGUGACCGACGUCAACGACAACCCCCCCGAGUUCAUGGCCAUGUCGUUCUACGGCGAAGUCCCUGAGAACCGGGUGGACGUCAUCGUGGCCAACCUGACGGUGACGGACAAGGACCAGCCGCACACGCCCUCCUGGAACGCGGCGUACAGGAUCAGCGGCGGGGACCCCACCGGCCGCUUCGCCAUCCAGACCGACCCCAACAGCAACGACGGCCUGGUCACCGUGGUGAAGCCAAUCGACUUUGAAACAAACAGGAUGUUUGUCCUCACGGUUGCUGCGGAGAAUCAAGUGCCAUUAGCCAAGGGGAUCCAGCACCCACCGCAGUCGACGGCAACUGUGUCCGUGACGGUCAUUGACGUGAACGAAAACCCUUAUUUCGUCCCAAACCCCAAGAUCAUUCGCCAGGAGGAAGGCCUUCAUGCCGGGACCAUGCUGACCACGUUCACCGCUCAGGACCCGGAUCGAUACAUGCAGCAGAGCAUUAGAUACACAAAGCUAUCAGACCCUGCCAACUGGCUGAGGAUAGACCCCGUGAACGGGCAGAUCACCACGAUCGCGGUGCUGGACCGGGAAUCCCCCCACGUGAAGAACAACAUCUACAACGCCACCUUCCUUGCCUCGGACAACGGAAUCCCGCCCAUGAGUGGGACGGGCACGCUGCAGGUCUACCUGCUGGACAUCAACGACAACGCCCCCCAGGUGCUGCCCCAGGAGGCCGAGACAUGCGAGACGCCGGCCCCCAACGCCAUCAACAUCACCGCCCUGGACUACGACAUCGACCCCAAUGCCGGGCCCUUCGCCUUCGACCUGCCCCUGGCUCCCGCCAGCAUCAAGAGGAACUGGACCAUCACUCGGCUCAAUGGUGACUUCGCUCAGCUUAACCUGAAGAUCAAGUUCCUGCAGGCGGGCAUCUACGACGUGCCCAUCAUCAUCACGGACUCGGGGAACCCGCCCAGGUCCAACAGCUCGGUGCUGCGCGUGAAGGUGUGCCAGUGCGACUCCAACGGCGACUGCACGGACGUGGACCGCAUUGUGGGCGCCGGGCUGGGCACCGGGGCCAUCGUGGCCAUCCUGCUCUGCAUUAUCAUCCUGCUCGUCCUCGUGCUGAUGUUCGUGGCAUGGAUGAAGCGCCGGGACAAGGAGCGCCAGGCCAAGCAGCUCCUGAUCGACCCCGAGGACGACGUGAGGGACAACAUCCUGAAGUACGACGAGGAGGGCGGCGGCGAGGAGGACCAGGACUACGACCUGAGCCAGCUGCAGCAGCCGGACACCGUGGAGCCCGACGCCGCCAAGCCCGUGGGCAUCCGCCGGCUGGACGAGCGGCCCAUCCACGCCGAGCCCCAGUACCCCGUGCGCUCCGCCGCCCCGCACCCCGGCGACAUCGGGGACUUCAUCAACGAGGGCCUGAAGGCAGCGGACAACGACCCCACGGCGCCGCCCUACGACUCGCUCCUGGUGUUCGACUACGAGGGCAGCGGCUCCAAGGCCGGCUCGCUGAGCUCGCUCAACUCGUCCAGCAGCGGCGGCGAGCAGGACUACGACUACCUGCACGACUGGGGGCCGCGCUUCAAGAAGCUGGCCGACAUGUACGGCGGCGGCGACGACUGA